CAGCUUUAUCAAAUCACUUUGUACUCCGUCCUUUGUCCGAGACGGAUGGCUUCGCUACACAUUGGACGCCAGUGCUAGUUGAGUUCACACCACCACCACCAGUACCGCUCCAGUGGGCCAGGGGUGGGCGAAGAUGCUCUCUGCUUCCACUGUCUUCCAAUCAGCACUGGAUUUGUCUUUCACAGGAAUGGAAUUAGCGCUCACCAAGAGGUCCAUCAAAUCUUUGUAGCUCUGUCAGGAUAAUCUAAUAUUGAAGGAAUAUUUCAGCCAACUCUUUCUUGAGCCACUGGAACACCUUUUUACCGCUUCGUCAUUUGCAAUUUAUCUCCCUGGCCGAUCAUUAGCAGUACGUUAUCCGACGAAAAAAAGAUGAGUAUGCAGAGAGCAGACAUUAGCUGGCAAGUCACCAGUGUCUAAAGAGACAAACCGUGUAUCACUCCAGCUAUAUCCAGCUCCACCCGGAGACGGUUACCAUGGCGCAAGCAAUGAUGCGGGGAGUGGCUGAUGGUGGACACAGGGAGGGGUACACCAUUGAGAACUACUAUGCACAGGGUCCAGGUCAUCGCUCUCGUAUACCAGUCCGUUAUGGCUAUGCCAACACCAACUCCAGCAAUAGCAACAGUGCUGAGGUGAACUCUACCUCGGAGGUUGAUCUGUCUCGAGUUCAGCGGUGUGAAUGCUGUCCGUACGGCUACCACAUUGAUCUGGACUUUCUCAACUUCUGCGAUGACAUCUCUUCUGGUGCCAAUUUGAAGAAGAUCAAGAAGACGAAGCGAUCCCGAUCACACAACAAAGUGAAAAGCAUUCGCCCCCCUCCACCGCUCAUUCCCCCACGGAGUAGCUCCCUGCCCCCCAAGAGGAACAAGAAGUCCAAGGACAAGUUAGAGCCAGAUAAAAUCCUUGAAAAAGAGAAUGCAGCAUUUUGGAAGAUCUACCAGCAGUUUGCCAAGCUCCUGCGGAAAGAGUCCAAUCUAGAGGAUCUGAACGUACCAGCAGUCGAAGCCAGCUUUCUGGAUACCCAGAGUCUGCCACCGGACUCCUAUGACCACAACCUGAGUGAUCUUGAGACGGACAGUGUGGUAUCGCUCCCUCAGGGUUACCCUCCUGAGAUGGAGCGUAGGAGUAGUCUUCCAAGCUAUCAAGUCCUCCAGUAUGCACUGAAUAACAAGAUGGACAUCUACAAUAGCAACAUCAAUGGUCCUCUUUCUAUCUCCAACCUGGUGUCCAUGUCCCAUCAGAGUGACUCAACCAGUUCUCUCUCCUCUAUGGGAAGCUCAAGUGCGUUCUCCCCAAUCCCAAACGGAGGUUCGUACACAGAUAUAGACUACAUGAAGAGGCCCUUGAGUAGUGCUUCCAGCAUAGGUGAACUGUCCACAGCAUCGGGACGAUCCACACCGUCAUCUGUCAGCACAAAUGCAUUGUCAGCUGUUAGACAGCAGAUGGCUACAGCCCUGUUACGUCUCAAACAGCUGGAAGAGCAGGUCAAGGCUAUCCCAGUCCUCCAGGUCAAGAUCUCUGUCUUGAAGGAAGAAAAAAGGUUACUUGUGUUGCAGCUGAAAUCAAAGAGCAAGGACAGGCACCUAAGGCAUGUUGGUGUCUGUGAUGGUAUCGUUGAGGUUGAUGGUGUGAUAACAGUAAAUGGAGAUGUGUCAACUCCGUAUUAUGAGCUUCCCAAUACUGACAUGGUUCAUACGAGUGUCAGGUCACCUAAACCUACCCGCCCCUUCAGUCCAGGUAGCCCAGGUCGGGCACCCUCUCCCAGAUUUGGGUUCCACAGUGGAAGGCCAAGUAGCCCUGGACCGGCAUCACCUGGGGUGAUGAGACGCACCAGUAGUCCUGGUCCUACCAGCCCCACCCCAUCUUCCCCGCAAUAUAGACCCAUGUCCCCUUUGAAAUCACCACAGCACAGAACGCAAGGUCCUCCUACUUCCCCCAAGCCAUCAAUCCCGAAAGGGAAACCCCACCUACCCCCUGUUCCACCAAAGAAAGCCUACGUGACACCUGUCCCGAGGCCCAAAGCAGAAACUAGAUCAGUGGGUGUGGACGCUAACAUGAUCAGCACCGCAUUGAAAUCUCCCGAGACAAAAUCCAUUGGGAUUAACGUGGAUUUAAUUUCAGAAGCCGAGAAACCAAACACUGCUAAGGUCAUCGAGAGGAAAAGCAAGAUGCAGCCGGUGAAGCUAUCGAGCGUCCAUCUACGCACCGUACGUAGCAUGGCAUCCUGGGAUAACAAACGGAGCGUGGAUAGCUCAGGGGGCGGGGGAAGUUGUUCGUCAGCUGAUAUGGUAGCAGAGGGGAAGGAGGUAAUCAGGGAGGGUCCGAUAACGGCAAUCAGGGCUAAUAACGUCUCCUAUUCACCUAGCUCUCACCCUGACUCACCCAGUGAACACCCAACAACGAAUAGCUUCACAAACUCGUCACCUCAAUCACCGACCAGAGCUAAUGCACUGCAGCAGGACUGCAAUGAAAGGCUCAUUUCUCCCACCACUCUCAAUAUCCAAACCUAUGCCGCGGCUCCUUUACAGCAGCAAACCAUCAAGAAUGUUUGCGAACGUGGCACCAUAACAGACAAUAUCCAAACUAGGAUUAUGGGAACUAACACCAAACCACCCGUUUCACCGAAGCGUACUGAUGCAAGCAUCGGUACUGACUUGCAUGGAAGCGCAACAUCAAUGAGGGAUGCAUCAGUGACUGCAAGAAUACAACCAAGCAAUAUGCAAUCUACUGAAACUGAAGUGAUCGAGAUGGUGGAGUUUGGAGCCGGUACAUCCGUCAAAUGUGAGGAAAGCGGGGUCAAUACGGUCAGUGUCUUGACCGUGGAGAGGGGGACAUGUCCAGGACUGUCUUUUGACAAUGUCCGGUAUUUUAAAUCAGUUGUGGGUGUAGACUCUGGGACCAGUACUGCUGAGGAAGGCGUGGAAGCACUCCCCGAAACGAGCUCAUGCCAAGAUUCUUCUACCAGUACUGAGAUGAUUGAGGCUGAGGAGAAAGAUACAAACACUGAAAACGCCAAGCUUGUGACAAGCUCAUGCAAUACAGACAAACAAGCAGAAUACGUAGAUAUCUGUGUUGGGGAUGAUAUUGACUUGAAUGAUAUUAUCUGCUGCCGGAAAGCAGAUACACACACCAUCGGUACUAAUACAAGCCAAAUGUUGGAGUCAAGGUCGCGAACAAUAGGCAUCGGGUUAUGUUCGGUAGCCGAUAGCUACUGCAUUAAGUGUGAUAACAUCCAGACAAGAACAAUUGGAAUAGGAGGAGGAAGAACAUCCGACUGUCUCAUGAGAACACGCACAAUAGGCACGAACCACAACGUGCUAUCAAGAACAAUCGGUGUCGGAUCCGACAUGGUUUGCGAUCCAAAAUCGUUGCUCGGUUCUGUGACAACCGCAGUAGGAGACCGCGAUGUGAAUGAUGCAAUGUGUAAUGUUUGUGACAAAAAGCAACAAAGGACAAUUGGUAUGGGGAUAAGGAUACCGACUCGUGAUGCUGCCAUUGGUGACGGGCCUGUAGCGGAGCAGCUGAACAUCGGUGUUGGACUGUGUACAAUCAUGGAUAGAAUCUGUGACAAGUGCGACAACCUAAACACUGUCUCCGUCGGAAUCGGUAGCUCCGACGUCAACCGAUACACGCACUCGCGCUCCAUCCAGGUCGGCGAGGUCUCGUCAGAUUCCGCUAUUGUGGCUCCUCUGUGCUCCAGCCCCACCAAGUUUGGACUAACCACAUUCGCAAGUCUCUACAGCGAUGAGAACGACUCUGUGUUCUUGACGGAAUCCUCAUCGGAAACGACCGCAGAACUCUUGGGAGACAUUGAUGAUGUGCCGGCGGGUGAAUCGAGUGUUGAGGAUGUUGAUAGUGCUCCUCCAACGACAACAUUAGCGGAGAUGAUGGGAGAGGAGAUCCGACCAGAUCACUUUCAGCAGCUCCAUGAGGCAUUUACACCGAUGUUCUCUAAACUUACAUCGAUGCAAGAAUCUGAACAUCUUACAAGAAACAUGGCACCCCAGCGUGAGAAUGGCUCCUCCCAACCACCCGAGGGCACCAUAUCAACGGGAUCGCUGAACUAUGAGAUCCAUGUUCCUAUGGACGAGCAGGCAAUGCUGGGUAAUGGAUUCAGCAACCCUCAUGCUAUGCUUGCAGAUGAGAGUCCAGGGGCCCAUGCACCAAAGACCACUCUGGCAGCUACCAUUAUGAAGAGGGGGAGUCAAGACUCUGGUACGGAGGGACAUCUCAGUGAGACAGAGGUUCCAGAGUUGAAGGUUGCAAGCAGCUCAGCGAUGAGCUCUAGUAGCUCCGGCAGCGACUCCUCAGAGACGGAAUCCGAUAGCUCGAACUCCACCAGCUCCACCUCCACCUCCAGCGAAGACCUUGGCUCCCUGUCUGGAUCCCCUCCCAAGGGUUCAUCCAGGAGCAGCAGCAGGAACAGCGGCGGCGGGAAGAGGAACGGAAAGAAGGAGACGGAGGAAGGAGAGAAGGAUGGAGGAGUGAAGAAGAAUGGGGUGGAGAACUCUGAGAUGAUGAAUGUUGAGGUUGGAGACGAGACGAGGCAGGCUUGCAUCACGUUGGGGAAGCUGUUUGUGCAGCCAGGAGAAGGAAACAACAAGGAUCUGACCACCUGCAUGGCAACGGUUGCCAAGAACUGGUUCCGCAUCACAAGCCAGAAGUCUUCUGACCCUCGGCAGGUCACAGGGUUCCUAGAGGUCGUCGCAAAGGAUGCUGGGAAGGCUGUACUGGAGAGGAUUGUCAACAUUGCUGAUAGCAAUGGUAACACGGCUCUCCACUACUCCGUCUCCCACGGCAACUUCGACAUCGUGCUCCUCCUCCUGGACACCGGGGUGUGUCAGACGGACAAGCCUAACAGGGCGGGGUACACCACCAUCAUGCUGGCCUCCCUGGUCCCCAUCCAGAACAAGAAGCACUCCAGUGUGGUCUCGAGACUCUUCAGGGAGGGGGACGUUAACCAACGUGCAAGCCAGGCUGGUCAAACAGCUCUGAUGUUAGCGGUCAGCAAGGGAAGACUGGACAUGGUCAAGCUACUAUUGACUGCUGGCAGUGAUGUCAAUACACAAGAUGAGGAUGGUUCUACUGCCUUGAUGUGUGCCAGUGAGCACGGCCAUCUUGACAUCGUCAAGGUGCUACUCUCACAUCCACAGUGUGACCCACACCUAGAAGAUAACGAUGGAAGCACUGCCUUCUCUAUUGCUAUGGAGGCGGGGCAUAAAGACAUCGGAGUGCUACUUUACGCUCAUAUGAACUUUGGCAAGCAAUCCAGCUCAUCGAAAAAGAAAUCAUCUGGACCCACAAGCCCCCAGCGUCAUGUGUCAUCCAGUGCUGCCAAUCACCCUCGCCCUCAUUCUGUCAGCCUUUCACAAGGUCCUACACGAAGCACAUCAUCCUCCAGCAUAUCAAGCCUACCAGCUCAGCCUACCACCAAUCAUCAAGAGACCUUCUCCUCUAUCAGCAAGAGAGGGCGCUCUAUGCUCAACCUCACCACAACCAGCGGCUCCUCCAGCUCAUCCAGUGGCAGCACCAACGGCCCAAGCGCCCCGACAUGCCGAUCACAUACCACAUCCCCCACCACCGAAGAUCUUCCACCCGCGCAGCUCUUCCGCAGCCGCUCGCUGAGCCCGUCGUCUCGCACCCCAUCGUUCCGUGCACUCCAGCUUCCUAAGGGACCCAACUCUAGCCACGCCAGUCGCAUUCCCACCCCACCGAGCGUAUCGCCAAAACGUGCUGCCGUGAUCCUUGCGGCGCAACGCUCAUUAUCGGCGCACUCCUCGCACCGCAAUUGCGGCUUGCCGGCCAACGGCGCAGAGAGCCCAGCGGCUCAGCGUAGGGCAUCACCAACCAAGAAGGUGUACGGUGCUCAAGGAAAAGCCAGCAGCACAGGUUCAAGCAGUGCCAAGAGUAGUCCAAGGCAGACGCCACUACAGAAGAAAGGUAUCAAGCCUGCUAGCAAAUAUUCAACCGUCUGAAGUAGCAGCAAACAGUGAUGUGAAUUAGUGACUUUUUACUGCAGCAUUGUUGCAUUCUUAAUAAUAAUAAUGACUACGUCUUCUAUAGAGUUUUCUUGAAGAAGACAAAAUGGGUACAGGAUGGUUAUGGGUACUGUAUAAAAGCUGAAGACGUGUCCACUUCAAAGCAUUAUUCAUAAUUAUGUAAAAUGCAAUACUUUUAAAAUUUAUUUAAAAGUAUUCGUGAAGCAUUUUGUCCAGAACAUUGGAGCAUUCUAAUACAUGAUAUCGUUGGGUGCUAUCUCUCUUUGAAAUGAUGACUGAUGUGUGAAAACUAUGUUAAAGCAUUAUAUGAAAUAUUAUAUAUGUAGGUGCUAUAGGUCAUUUGAACAAAGAUUUUUAACGGGAAUCAUGAAAACAAAUUGAAUAUUCAAUAUGAAUCAUACAAUCUUUUUGUAAUUUUCAAAUAUUUAAGAAGUAAUUCAAAAUUUAUGGAUACUACUAAUCAUUUAAUCUUUGAUGAAAAUUAAAGCAAAAUUCAAAGCAUAAAUAUAAUCAGUUAUAACAAGAUUAAAAUUAUAAAUCAAGAAGUUAAAAAGAUGAUAGGAUACUAUCUCUAAGAAGAAAAAGAAGGAAAUUAAAGCAAGAUUCAAAGUAUCAAUCAAGAAAUUGAAAAAUAGAUUGGAUACUAUCUUGGGAA